UGCACGACGUCAUCUGUGCGCGACCCAGAGUUCAAUGAAAGUUGAGUGAAAGAUUGUUGAUGUAGUUAUGAGUGCCGUUCAUCGGGCGCUGCAGGAUCACUUUGGAUUCGACAAGUUUCGCUCUCAGCAGCAGGAAGAUGCCGUGAAAGCAGUGCUGAAGGGUGACAGGGAUGUGUUUGUAUGUAUGCCCACCGGAGCAGGCAAGUCUCUGUGCUAUCAGCUCCCUGCUCUUCUGGCCAGCGGCAUCACUCUGGUCAUCUCUCCUCUCAUCGCCCUCAUCCAGGAUCAAGUGGAGCACCUGAAAGCUCUCAAUGUUCCCGCACGCUCCAUCAACUCCAAACUUCCUUUGGCUGAGCGGCGACAGAUCCUGGCGGAUCUGGAGAGCGAGAGUCCUCGGCUCAAGCUGCUCUACAUCACUCCAGAGAUGGUGGCGUCGCCGUCCUUCCAGCCCUGCUUGGGCUCGCUGUGUUCGCGGGGUCUGCUGGCGUAUCUGGCGGUGGAUGAAGCUCACUGCGUCUCCCAGUGGGGUCACGACUUCAGACCGGACUAUCUGAAGCUGGGGGACCUGCGCUCCCGUCUGCAGGGAGUUCCCUGCGUAGCGCUCACAGCCACAGCGCCCAAGAGAGUGCAGGAAGACAUCGAGCGCUCGCUCAAACUGCGCUCGCCACUCGUCUUUGCCACACCUGUUUUCCGUAAAAACCUGAAGUAUGAUGUGAUUUUCCGUGAUCUGCUGCCUGACCCUUAUGUGCACUUGCUUGCGUUUGCUAAAGAGGCUCUGGGUGGAAAUACUGCUGAAAAGGGAUGUGGGAUUGUUUACUGUCGAACACGAGAGAGUUGUGAGGAAGUGGCUCAUAAGUUGACUAAACUGGGAGUUUCAGCCAAGCCCUACCAUGCAGGGCUGAAGGUGGGCGAUCGCACAGAGAGUCAGGCUGACUGGAUGGCUGAUAAAGUGCCUGUUAUUGUGGCCACCAUCAGUUUUGGUAUGGGAGUGGACAAGGCCAAUGUCAGGUUUGUCGUUCACUGGAAUCUGGCAAAAUCUUUGGCCAGUUACUAUCAGGAGUCAGGACGAGCUGGACGUGACGGACUGCCAUCGUCCUGCAGAAUAUACUACUCACCCAAAGACCGAGACCAGCUCGGCUUCCUCAUCCGCAAAGAAAUCGCACGCAAACAGGAGAAGCGAGGAUCAGAGAAAGAGCAGGACAAAGCGCCCAUUCUGGACUUCGAGGCUAUGGUUGCUUUUUGUGAGCAAGAAGGGUGCAGACAUGCCACCAUCUCACAGUUUUUUGGCAAUCAGAAGCCCAACUGCGCUGGGGCGUGUGACUACUGCCGUGACCCCAAACUAGUCCGCGCUCAGCUGGCAAGAGCAGCCGCCCUCAGCACCAGAACUGGCCCAGCCCAGAGCUCAGGGCCCAGGGGACCGUUCGGCUUCGAUCCUGAACUCUACGCUGGAGGCAGGAAGGGCUACGGGUUUGAGAGAUAUGAUGAGGAAUGGGGCAGUGAUGAAGAUGACUCUGAGAAGAGAAAGAAGGAGUUUGGAAAUCUCUUCAAGAAGCAGAUGAACCUGAGAAAGGGUUCAGAUAUGGCAAAAGAGACGUUUGUUCCACCAGAUGAUGACUGUGUGUUGAAGGAUGCUGCCAGUCAGAGGAUCCCCAGACUCACAGUGAAGAGCAGAGAGCACUGCCUGUCUCUGCUGCAGGAGUGUCUGAGCAGCCACAGGGGGGCAGCAGAGCUUUCACACAGCUGUGAGGCUCUUGAUCAGGCUGUAGAAAUAGAGCACGAGAUCUUCAGGGCCAGUAAAUCUGCAAACCUGUACAAGGCUGCGGUCCUCAAGAGAGUGUCAGAGAUGAAGAAAAGUGCAGCUGCAAGUGUUCCUGAGGAGAAACAGUGUGAAUCUACUGAAGCGUCGGCGACCUGCUCUUCAUCAUCUCAACCUGAACAUCUGGGCGGCUUCACUUCAGCCUCUCAAGUCUACUCACUGAAGAGGAAGCGUGUAGGCGCUGGAUUUCGUGGAUCUUCCAGCCUGUUUCAGACAGCUGGAGAUCUUUUGAACUCUAAGAAGGAGACUCUCACCACGUACAAAACACCCGGAGACCCUGUCUGUGAGGAAGAGGAGGAGGAAACAGGAAAAACUCAGAAGAUGAAAAGCAGUAAAACAACUCCUGCCAGCUCUUCCCCCAUCAAAGCCAAUACCAGCUCCACUUCCUCCCUGAGCAGCCCAAGUAAAAAACUCACUAAGAAGCAGCAGAAACUAGCAGAAUCAGCCAAAGACAUGCGCUGUAUAUCACAGUAUUUCGGAAAAAAGCAAGUAGACACCACUCAAGUGAAAGGAGGAAGUGUUAAAUCUGAGCCUGAGGAGGAAAGAUCUCGCCAUCACUCGCCUUCACCAAAUCUGACUGACUUCCAAAUGAUGAAUAACAUCUCCAUGGAUGUAGAAAGCAUUUCAGAGAAUGACGCUACUGUGUAUGCGAGUCCCUCUGCAGAAGAGACGCCCAGUCGAGAUGAGACGGCCAUGGAGUUGACAGCACAUCCAGACUUUCAGCGAGAGAAGUCUGAUGGACAACAAAAAUCACCAAAACAAUCACAUGAGGACAGAGCGGCAUCUCCUCCUGCGAAACGCAGCCGUGUGAUAAAGGACAACAAGAGAGUGACCUUUGACCCUGUGGUGCAGGAGACGAAGUUUGACACAAUGAAUGGAAAUGCGGCUGAGAUUUCACCAAAGCCUGUGACACUUAAGGAGGCCGCUGAUAUUGUGGUCCGAUGUCUGGAUCCAUUCUACAAAAAGGGCAAAUUUGCAACGAAGGAUUUGUUCAAAUCCUUUGCCCGUUUCCUCUCUCAUCUUCUUACUGAGGGAAAAACUGUAAAACGAGGCCAAGUGAAGAUGGAAGCAAAGAGCCUCAUCAAGGGCUUCUUCAGCAAGAUUCAGCGCUGUGAGAGCGAGGCAGACUGGAAACAUUUGAAAGUCGAGGGCAGAUAGCGAUCUCCGUCUUUAUGUCCCUUCGUCAUCCAAACCUCUGAAGCUCCACCAAUCCCUUUCAUGUCAGAGAUGCCAUAUGUUUAACAACAUGCUGCUGUAUAUCUCAGGUGUAUCGUGAGGGCCUAAGCAUACAUUGCACAUUAUUAUGAACUGUUUUAUGUUUGAAGUCUGGACCGCAAUAACUGUUAUGUAGCAUUAGCUGCUUAUAAUGCACUUGAACUGUAUUGAAAACUACAUUAAAGGACAAAAGUGCACAAAUGGAAAA